AUGCCGCUCUUUUGCUCCGACAAGUCGCAGAACAGAAGCGUCACCGACGUCCCCCAAGUCAACAUGGCCGUCACUCCCGAUGACAGGAUGAACGUUGGCAGAAACUGGGCCUUCGCGGAAGUUGAAGCGCAGAGAUGCUACGAGUAUGCUAAAGACAAAGGAGCCGAGCUGGUCGGCACCAUGUACACGGUGAGGGAUGUGUGGGAAAUCGUCGAUGCGCUUGGCGGCGAUCGGUUGCUUCGUUUCUGGGGAAUAUCGUAUGGCACUGUUGUCGGCUCUACCGCGGCGGCAUUGCACCCCGAUCGAGUGGAGAGACUGGUGCUCGAUGGCGUCACGAAUCCCCAGCAAUGGUGGGCUGGCGAGACCUGGGAGAUGCUGACGGACACCGACAAGGUGUUCUCGGGCUUCCUGAGAACCUGUUUCGAGAAGCCGGACGCGUGCGUCUUGGCCGCGAAGCACUCCAACGCGACCGCCGCACAGCUGGAGUCCAAGAUCUACGACCUCAUCGACGACCUCAAAUACCGGCCCAUCCCGGUCCCAGUUAGCGACGCUAUCCCUUUGGGUAUCAUCGACCAAAACAUGGUCAAGGGUGUCAUCCGCAUGGGCCUCUACACCCCGUCCCAGUACCCGGCGCUGGCCGCUCGGCUCCAGCUUCUCCUUGACGGGGACAUCGACGCGCUCAUCGAGGGAUACACGGCCACUUGGGCGACGAACAGCCUGGGAGACAUCGGUCUGACGAUCCCUUGCACUGAUAAUGCCCUUCGGGUCGACGACCUGGAGGACCUGAUGCCGGAGCUCGACAGGGCCUCCAAGAUGAGCCGCCUGGCGGGCGACCUCCUGUCCUGGAACACGCACAUGUGCGCCCGCUGGAAGCUGAACUCCAAGGAGAAGUUCACGCGCGGUUUCCACGAGCCCAUCGACACCAGGAGCCCGCUGCUCAUCUUCGGCAACGAGUACGACGUCGUCACCCCUUACGUGUCGGCCAGGAACAUCAGCACGUCCUUCCCAGGCAGCGCCCUGGUCAAGUACAACGCCUUCGGACACGGUAUCCAGGCCCAACCGUCGCUUUGCACGGUCGAAACGAUGAAGCGGUACCUCGAGGAAGGGGUCCUGCCGGCCGAGGACACCGUCUGCGAGCCGGCGGCGCAUGUUUGGGAGGAGCAGGACUGGGCGACUCUUUGGGAGGAGCUCGGGUAUCAGAGACCCAACUCCACUGCUUAA